AUGGAGAAUCGAUCCGCGCAAAAAAUUUCAAGAACAAAUCAGAAUGCAACAUUGACAAAACUUCCACCUCAAAAUAUGGCCAAUCCAUCAUCUACAAAACCAGAAAGUGAAACUGUGCCAGUGACGAGGGAUGUCAGAAUGAACAACGCUGCAAAACUGAGGCAACAGUUUAUUGAAGAAAUCAAGGAUAUUGUCCUUUCACUGAAAGAUUCCAUCAAAAAUUUGCAAAUUAAGAUUGCUAAAAUUAAAAAGGAAGAUGAAAUCAUCAAGCAAAAAUUGAGAGAUGAAAACAAACUUUUGUGUAAACAGAGUAAAAUCAUGUAUGAUAAGGAACAAGAGAAUAAGGUCCUCAGAUUAAAAGUUGAAGAGCUGUAUGGGUAUCAGAAAACAAUUGUUGAACACUUGGAAGAUAUUACAACAACUCUUGGUGUACAUGACAAUCUUUCUGAAAAAUUGACAACUGUGUACGACUCUGUAGUUGUGAUUCAACAAAAUGACAAGACAUCUUUCGAGGAAGAAUUAAAUAAAAUAACUCCGGAUAAAGACCUAUCUACAUACUUUAUUAGUUUUUCUGGAGUUGAUGAAAUUAAAAAACAAAAAGAGGAGGAUCAGAGCAAACUCAAAAAUCUUGAGAACAGAAUAAAGGAAUUACAGACAGAACAGAAAAAUUUUGCGGAAGAUGCAGAUAAAAAAAAGAACGUCGUAAUUCAAGACCUGGAAAAAUUAAAACAAGAUAUUAAUACUAAAGCCAAAGAAGUCACAGAAUUAGAAAAGAACAUUUCCCAAUAUAAUACUCAACUUGAAGAAGGCAUUGAAGAAAAAAUCAAAGACGUUAACAACGAAAUAGUUUUAUUAAUGAAAGAGAAAGAUCAAUUGGACCAACAGUGUCACGAGGAUAAAGAAAACACAGCUAACUUUGAAAAAAUUCAAGAAAAAUUAAAAGCUUCUGAAACAGAACUGGAGUCUUUAAAACAAAAUGAGAUUAAAGUCACUAAUAUUUUGCAAUCAAAGAUUUGUGAGUUGGAAGGUAAAUUGAAAGGCUACCAAGAUACGGAAUCCCGCUUAAGAAAGUUGGAGUUGGAAAUAAGAAAGGAAGAAGAAAUUCUUAUGCAUAUUACACAAGAAUGUGAAAGAAAAAGAAAAGAAAGCAAAACCAAAAAUAAAUCAAACGAUAAAACAAAUGAGAUUAAAACUAAAAUACGCCAAGUUGACCAUGAAAUUUCUGAGGCUGAGGUAACAGUUGAACUGAUGCAAAAAGAAAUACGUGAAAUGAAUGGAAGAUACGAAUCAAAGCUGAAAGAAAUAAAAAGUAACAAGGAUAAAAUGACAAAAAGCAUAAGCCAGUACAAUUUACCUAAUCUGUUUGUCUCUGAGGAAGUAGAGACUGAAGAAAAACUAAAGUACAGAAGAAAACUUUACACACCAACUUUUGCAGAUGAUGAAUUGGAAAUAGAUUCGUUACCCAUCGAUGAACAGUUCAAUCAUUUAACUCAGACAUCAAAUUCACCCUCACAAUUGAAAUCUCCAGAAAAGCCAAAACGAUUUUUCAAACGAACUUCAGAAAUAAAAAAAGGCAGCACACCUCGAGGUAGAGGAAGAGGUAAAAAGUACUGA